AAAGUUAAUGCAAAAAGGGACAAGAAAAGAAAGUGUACAAUUCUAUUUGUUAAAUAUCUCACUCUGGCUUCUAGGUGUAGAGAAAUAUCUGGGAUCAGCAGAGAACCUGGAAAUCUGGAAAGUCCAAUGACAUUUGACAGGGGAAAUAAAAGAUCCACUAUCCAGUGAGAAACAGAGAAGUAACAGAAACCACUCCACCUAACUGAGAAGGAAAAAGAAGAGACUAAGGAACACUCUGAACAUGGCCUCAGAGAUGAUGAUGCCAGCCCCCGUGUGCCUCAUUGAGAACACUGGAGAGCAACUGGUGGCUAAUCAGGAAGCUCUGAAGAUCCUGUCAGCCCAUAAGAAUCCUCUUGUUGUGGUGGCUAUUGUGGGUCUCUACCGCACAGGCAAAUCCUACCUGAUGAACAAGCUAGCUGGGAAGAACAAGGGCUUUUCUCUAGGCUCCACAGUGCAGUCCCAUACGAAAGGAAUCUGGAUGUGGUGUGUGCCUCAUCCCAAGAAGCCAAACCACACCUUAGUUCUUCUGGACACUGAGGGCCUGGGAGAUGUAGAGAAGGGUAAUAACCAGAAUGACUCCUGGAUCUUUGCCCUAGCAAUACUCCUGAGCAGCACCUUUGUGUACAACAGCAUGGGAACCAUCAACCAGCAGGCCAUGGACCAACUACACUAUGUGACAGAGCUGUCAGAUCGAAUCAGGGCAAAAUCCUCCCCUAAUGCCAAUGGGUUUGAAGAUUCAGCUGACUUCAUGAGCUUCUUUCCAGAUUUUGUGUGGACACUGAGGGAUUUUUCCUUAGAUUUGGAAGUAAAUGGACUACCCAUCACAGCAGAUGAGUACCUGGAGAAUUCACUCAAGCUUAAACGAGGUACCACUGAAAGUGACCACAAUUUUAAUCUGCCCCGUCUCUGUAUCCGGAAGUUUUUCCCAAAGAAGAAAUGCUUUAUCUUUGAUCGACCCACUCACAGGAAGAAGCUAGGCCAGCUUGAGACAUUGCAUGAUAAUGAGCUGGAUUCUGAAUUUGUGCAACAAACUGCAGUCUUCUGUUCCUACAUCUUUAGCAAUUCCAAAACUAAAACUCUUUCAGGAGGCAUCCAAAUCAAUGGACCUCGUCUAGAGAACCUGGUGUUGACCUAUGUCAACGCCAUCAGUAGUGGGGAUCUGCCCUGCAUGGAGAAUGCAGUUCUGGCCUUGGCCCAGAUCGAGAAUGCAGCUGCAGUGCAAAAGGCCAUUGCCCACUAUGACCAGGAGAUGAGCCAGAGGGUGCAGCUGCCCACAGAAACCCUCCAGGAGCUGCUGGACCUGCACCAGGCGUGUGAGAAAGAGGCCAUCAAACUCUUUAUGAAUAGUUCCUUCAAAGAUGUAGACCAUUUAUUUCAAAAGGACUUAGGGGCCCAACUAGAAAAGAAGCGAGAUGACUUUUUUAAACAGAAUCGGCAAGCAUCAACAGAUCGUUGCUCAGAUUUACUUAAGGAUAUUUUCAGUCCUCUAGAAGAAGCUGUGAAGCAGGGGAUUUAUUCUAAACCAGGAGGAUAUCGUCUCUUUAUCCAGAAGAUGCAAGAGCUAAAGAGAAAGUACCUUCAGAAACCUGGGAAGGGGAUACAGGCUGAAGAGGUUCUACAGGAAUACUUGAAGUCCAAAGAGUCUAUGACUGAUGCCAUUCUGCAGACGGACCAGACUCUCACAGAAAAGGAAAAGGAGAUCGAAGUGGAACGUGUGAAAGCCGAAUCUGCACAGGCUGCAACAAAAGCACUGGAGGAAAUGCAAAUAAAGAAUCAGCAGAUGAUGGAACAGAAAGAGAGGAGCUAUCAGGAACAUGUGAAACAAUUAACUGAGAAGAUGGAGAGGGAUAGAAUCCAGUUGCUGGAAGAACAAAAGAGAACUCUAGCUUGCAAACUUCAGGAACAGUCCCAAUUACUAAAGGAAGGAUUCCGAAAUGAGAGCAAACAACUUCAUAAUGAGAUAGAAAAUCUCCGGAGGAACAUGGCAAGGCCAAGGACAGUAUGCGUCAUAAGUUGAAGACUUAAAGAACAGAGCUUUUCUGGUCACUCUUUUUUUUUUUUUAACUUUUAUUUUUUUAUUUGAUAGAGAGAGAUCACAACUAGGCAGAGAGGCAGGCAGUGGGGGUGGAGGGUGGAGGGGUGGGAAGCAGGCUCCCUGCUGAGCAGAAAGCCCAAUGCAGGGCUCAGUCCCAGGACCCUGGGAUCAUGACCUGAGCUGAAAGCAGAGGCUUAACCCACUGAGCCACCCAGGCGCCCCCUCUGGUCACUCUUAACCAAGGCAUAGCUUAAGUAAUUUUUGAAUUUGGAAAUAUAGCAUUACACUUGAAAAUAAUUAGAUCUUGCAUUUUUAUAACACUCUAAAUUUGCAAAGACAUGCAGUGCUAUAAUUAAAACCAUGUCCAUCCUCCUAAAAAUAUUUUAAGUUGUGUAACAAAGGUCAGUUUUACCUCUGCAACAACACAGAAGGUAUUUGAGCUGGUAACAUUCAGGAGCAGUUUAUUCUUCUGUGUGACCAUUAGUUGAUAAAUGGAUAAAAACCAAAUCUUAAGUAAAAAUUUAAGAACAAAGUGGAGCAUCAGUUUGGCCACGUGUACAAUGGGUUUCAAUGUCAGGGACAACCAUUUUAGCUUUUUAGUGAAGAAGGUGUGUGUGCAGUUUUCUACUGUGUCACAACUGCACAGUCUGAGCAGUUAUGUGAUCACUAGGCCCUGGAAAAGGACAACCUUCCUGAUGGAUUCCAAGCUGAAGCAAGCCACCUUAUAUGGAGACCCAGAACCUCUACAGAAUUUUCUUAAGAAGAUGGAAGAAAUCAUUAGCAUGAGUAGGGGUUGGGUCACAAACAAACAGACCAACAAAGGAAACUCUCCUUUCUUGUUCAAUUCACCCAGAUUAUAAAUUCAAAGAGACAUUUUAGAAUUUUAGGUAAUUGACACUGGGCUGAACAUAGUAACGUGAUGACAAUUAGGCAUUGUGUAUUUAUAACAAUAUAUAAUUCACAAAGAUGGACCUUAAAUGAUGACAGAUAAUAUAUUAGAAAACUGAACUAAAUUAUUAGAUUGUUUAUAGUCUUAUAAUUUAGGCAAUAUUUUCCCAGUUCUUAGAAGUCUAUACUUGGAAGUUUGCUGAUUUUCCCCCAAAGAAAUUAUAGAUUUCUUUUUAUAUUUUUUGGCCAACAAAAUAGUGUUCUUGGUAUUACAUAGUGUAUAUAGAAUUUAUCCUAAUUUUCUAAACCCUAGGUAAGUGACUGUUUCUUAAAAUGAUUAAAAAUUAUUUUCAACAUCAUUCUACAUCAGGGAAAUACAAAUCAAAACACAAUGAGAUACCACCUCACAUUAGUCAGAAUGGCUAAAAUUAAUAAGUCAGGAAACAACAGAUAUUGCCAAGGAUGCAGAGAAAGGGGGACCCUCCUACACUGUUGGUGGGAAUGCAAGCUGGUGCAGCCACUCUGGAAAACAACAUGGAGGUUCCUCAAAAUGUUGAAAAAUAGAGCUACCCUAUGACCCAGCAAUCGGACUACAAAUGUAGUGAUCCAAAAGGGCACGUGCAUCUGAAUGUUUAUAGCAGCAAUGUCCACAAUAGCCAAACUAUGGAAAGAAUUUAGAUGUCCAUCAACAAAUGAAUGGAUAAAGAAGAUAUGGGGUGUGUGUGUGUGUGUGUGUGUGUGUGUAUGCAUGCAGUGGAAUAAUAUGCAGCCAUUAGCAGAAAUGAAAUCUUGCCACUUGCAACAACACAAAUAGAACUAGAGGGUAUUAUGCUGAGUGAAAUAAGUCAAUCAGAGACAAUUAUCAUAUGAUCUCUCUGAUAUGAGAAAUUUGAGAGACAGGGUGGGGGGUUGUGGGGGGUAGGGAAGGAAAAAAUGAAACAAAAUGGGAUCGGGAGACAAACCAUAAGAGACUUAAUCUCUGGAAACAAACUGAGGGUUGCUGGGGGGUGGGUAAGUGUGUAGGGAUAGGGUACCUGGGUUAUGGACAUUGGGGAGGGUAUGUGCUAUGAAAUGUGUAAGCCUAAUGAUUCACAGACCUGUACCCCUGGGGCUAAUAAUACAUUAUAUGUUAAUAAAAAAAAUUUUUUUUCAAGCUAAAAAUAAAA